ACACUAUCGUGAAAAAUACACGCUGCUUUGUUCAAGUCGCCGGACAGUAGUCCCCACUUUUCAGAAAGAGAGAUGGCUGAAGCUUUUAAUUUCGAUCCAGACAAAAAUUAUGAUGAAGCAACCAUGGAGCAGCAAAGAAAUAUUGAAAAAGAGAUUUCUGCGAACCAAGCUCUUGUGAGUUUCCAGAUUGAUUUUGACACUGUCAGUGCUGAUUAUUCAAAAGAGGAUGAGACCUACUUAGGAAAAAUUCAGGAUUUAAAAAUCAAGUACAAGUGUGUAAGGAGGACGAGAGGUGAUGGCAACUGUUUCUACCGAGCAUUUGGAUUUGCCUACUUAGAACAAUUGCUGACCAAUCAAGUGGAUUAUGCUAGGUUUAAGGAAGUGGCUACCAGAAGUAAAGAUGAGCUAGUCAGCCUUGGGUUUCCCCAGUUUACCAUAGAGGACUUCCACGACACUUUCAUGGACGUGGUAGAAAAGGUUGGUACACCAUGUACAACAAAGGAACUACAUGAAACAUUCAACGACCAGGGAAUAUCUGACUACCUGGUGGUAUAUCUCAGACUACUGGUGUCUGGUUAUCUCCAGAAAAAGGCUGAUUUUUAUCAAAACUUCAUUGAAGGGGGGCGAUCUGUCAAAGAAUUUUGUAAUCAGGAAGUGGAGCCUAUGGGAAAGGAGAGUGACCACCUACAAGUAAUGGCCUUGACUUCUGCAUUGGGCGUGGCAGUGCGAGUUGUGUAUAUGGACCGAGGAGAAAGUGGUCAAUGUAAUCACCAUGACUUUCCAGAGGAAUCUAGUCCUUCUGUGUACCUUUUAUAUCGACCUGGACACUAUGAUAUUCUCUAUUCCUGACAACAGAACUAAUUCUGUUUUGCAUUCAUAAACGAUUUAGCAUACAUACACUGACGAGCCAAGUGGGCUUUUGCAAGCCAUUGCUGUCUUUUGUCCAUCAUCUGUAAACUUUUUCUAUACGCGACUUUUUUCAAUCAUGUAGUCAACAGCAUUUUUAGGUGAUGUGGAUUUAAAUUUGUGAAGAAAAAAGUUUUUUGUUUUUCAGAAACGUCUUCUUACAAACUGCAGUUUGAUGGUUUUUGUAUUCAUUAUGAAGCACACUUACUACAUGCUCUACAAAAUGUGCAAAGGGAAACAAAAAUCACUCAAUAAACAGGACCACUAAUGGUUACUUUGUAACACAUUUUGAAAUAUUUGCAAUUCUUUAAACACCCAAACAUCUUCUGAAGAAAAGAAAGGCUGUUGGUCAUGAUAUUUACAAUGUAUUUUUAGGUCACUGAUGUGAAAUUUGUUAAAAAGUCUAAAGUGAAUAGCAAAAUAACAAAAAGAGCUUACUGGCAUUAAGGGCUACUAAUAUAAGUGAUCUUUACUUACUUUCAAGGUCACAGAGGCAAAAUAUCACAAAACAACAUCUUUUGAAGAACUCAAAGGCAAAGAGUCCCAAUGUUUGGCUGUUAGCUUCCUUGGAUGGAGCCCGGCAAAAUGUGCUUAAAUGGCCUUAUGCUACAUUCAAUGCCACAGGAGUCAUGUAUGCAAAAAGAUUAUUUUUUUUAAGAGCCCAUGCACUUGAUUAAAGUGUGUGGUAUUUCAACAGGUUUUCAAUUAAAAAGAAAAAAAAUCCAGGUGACCUUUCAAGAUCCCUGGGCCUAUUGUAUCACUUAGAAAGCUAGCAAACUUAAGUGUAAUGAAACUUGAUUAUAACAUCCAUGGUUUAAUAUUACUCUCUACAGCUUCACUGCAGAAUGUCACUACAUACAUUCUGGUAAUCAGACACUUUUUGUGAUUUUCAUAAGCAGUGAUCUAAAACAACACAGGAGUUCAUGUGUUUUGUGUUUUUGAAUUCUUAAUCCGAUCGAUAAGAUAACUAAGCGUUUGAAACAUUUGGAUGAGAUUACUUGCAUUUUGGGACAAGUGUAAGGAGGGAGUCGGUCUAUAGUUGUUAUAAAAUCUCAUGAGGUCAUUUUGCCCGGACGUGAAAAUCACUAGCCCUUGGCGUUGGGCUUGUGGCAUCGUAUACCCCUGGGGCCCUAGCCUGGAGUUUUAUGUGAAAUUGUCGCAAAAAAUAAUCAAAAAUUGUUACAUUAUAUAUUUUUCAGUUUCUAUUUCACCGCAUCAAUGUUUGGUCAAUAGGGAACCUCCAUGGGAAAUAUCAGCAUCCUAGUACAUAUACUGUAACGUACUAUUUAUGAAUUUCAACACUUUCACCAAAUCCUUAAUCUGUAAAUUCUUGCAAAAAAGAUUGCUAUCAUGUACAUUUAUACAAAUAACAUUUGAUGCUUUCCCAUUAAGGAUGAAAUCUCUAGUAUAAAAACAAGGACAUGCUGUCAAUGUUCCAAUGAUGUAGAUAAGGUCCGUAGUAAAGCUGGUUAACCCUUUCACCCCUAUGUAACGUUGGUAGACUCUACCAGGCAUUGAUGAAUCCAUUAUGGUCUACAGUGGUGAAAGGGUUAAUGGAACCUUCCACAACUUAAAGCUGACAGUGCAAAUUAAAAAGCUUGCUAUUGUGAUUGAAAAAAAAAGAAAAAGUUUUUAAUUUUCUUUCUUGCUUUGAGAUGUUCUCUAGACACUUUCUUUUUUGGCUAUCGUUUCUAAGGAAGCGCCAACAUUUUAGUUUGUGCUUGCUUGGUUAUGAGUAUGGUUCUUCCUUGGUAUAAAGAGUGCACGUCUGACCCGGUUAUCAUUUAACCACUGACCGUCACUAAAAAAUACUCUCACAUCAUCAGUCUUUCAUGUCCAUAAAACCGCAACCACUCACAAAUACUUAAUUAUGAUUUCUUAGUCUUAAUCUUGUACACUUUUUACUAGCAAAACACAUGCAAAAUACGAGUCCCACAUGUUGUCAAUGUGAUAUUUGAUAAUUGAACUGUUUUCAUGGAAUUUCAAACAAGAUGCCAUUACUAGCAGAUAUUUAAAAGGUAGCCUUAGUCGUAUGACUAAGUCCUAAAUAUGAUUGAUAUCUUACCCUUAAACAGUUCUAGACAGGAAGUCGCUUAAAUCAAUAUGGCCAAAUUACCUCUUUUUGGCCCUGUCCCUCAGCCUCUCGACUUGUACAAUUUUGAAUCCCCACCACCUAACAAUGCUUCUAGCCAAAUAUAGUUGGGAUCAAUCUCUUAUUCUCAGAGAAGAUGCACUUAAAGCAAUAUGGCCCAAUUGGAGGACAUUCCCUUCAUUUGAAUCUCCAACACCUAAGGAUGAUUCCUGUCAAAUUUGGUUGACUUCCAAUCAGUGGUUAUGAAGGAUAAGUGCAAAAAUGACCUUGGUCCUUUGGACCAGGUGACCGUAAAAUGUGAUUUGUAAGAAGAUAGCUUCACACAAGAUCCCUUACUACAUGUAUAUACCUUUGGAAAUGUCAUCGGCAGUGCCAUUUUACAGUGGAUGCAGAUUUUUGUUUUGUUCCAUGUAUUUUGAAAUGCUUUGUAUGAAAUUAAGGCACAUGGGAUGCUGGGCAUCCUGAAAAUCAAUGUAGGGGGCGCUGCAGUCACAAAGGUGGGGUCAACAGUUUCCCCCUUAUCAAGUUAUUUUAUUGGUUUGCCAUAUGAAGAUACAUAAAAAUGACCAAUAACUGGAUAUAUGAUUACUAUUCAGAUUGAGUAAGGGGGAAUCCUAACAAUAUACCAGAUAAUUGUCACAGGUGAAUAUAAUUUUGAAAAUGAAUUGUGAAAGAGUAUAUAAUAACCCGCCGGGUACUGUUAUUUUGAUACGAAAUAUGUCAAAUUGAUGUACACGAAGUAAAAAAAAAUCUCCAUAUGUAUUUUGUCUACAGAAUCAUUUAUUGUGAUAAAUAAACCGGUUGAAUACUUUUUUAGCACGUCAAAUGUGGCCAAUGCACAAUUUCACAUGUUAACACAAUCUCAACCUUAAGUAGUUCUCCAGAGGAAGGCUUUCUUUUGCAGAAUACAUAUUUAUGACUUAUUACUGCUGCACAAUACUUAAAAAUAUGCAUGAUAUAAUGAGGUGUUUAAGUAUGAUACAAAAACAGAAAAUGUAUCGGUAUUUACCAUAAUAAACAUUGAUACUUUUA